AUGGAAAAGAAACUUCAAGCAAAAGAUGAAGUCAUUGAAGCAAAAGACAAAAACAUACAGAAAAGAAUACCACGUUCGGUACCAAAAGGAAAGGAAAAGAACUAUAAGUAUAUGAUUUACACUGAAGAGAUGGAAAAUGAAGAAGACAGAGAUAUGGUUAUGUUGCAUUUAGUCAGAAGAAACAACAAAAGCUUUUACGACCUUGCUAAGAUUUACAAAUCUGACAGAAAUUGGUUCUAUCGCGAAAACUUACCGAUUUCAAUGACCCCAAAUGAAGAUGUGAAACAAAUAGUUCAAGAUACGUUACCUCAAACACACUAUGAUAUUAAAGGUUGUACAAUUCUUACAUUCAAAGAAGAUUUGCCGCUACUGAAGGAAAAGAUAACAGAGUAUUUCGAUAACUUCAAAGAGGAAGAGUAA